AUGGGAUACAGGGUAUUCCAACGAGCAACAAGACGGCAAAGCAAAUGGCACUUGGCAGGCAACUGCAAGACGAACGCUGUGCCACUGAGCUACGCGACCCACUUAAAGGAUUCAGUUCACUUAGAUUUUGAAAUCAUGCUUCGCCCGGGCCCUUUCUCUGAUGGCCCGGCCUGUGUUAAUGUUAUCGUUGCCAAGAAUGUUUUCUUCAACAAGCUAAUCCACACUCUCUAUGACUUGUUUGGCGAAUUCAUUGCCUUUGAGGUGCCCACCGAAGAGGCGGGGGGAGGUGGCGUAGAUGCGGCAAAUUUAGAAGAGAACACGAGACGGACAGACAGCCACGCCGUCACCCACCGACCCCACGCCACGCCCACGCCCAGCCCCACGCCCCGCCGCAAGUUCUCCCGAAGUGCGCUGCCUCACACGCGCGCAGACGAGACAGGACAGACAGCCACGCCGUCACCCACCGAUUCCCCCACGCCCACGCCACGCCACGCCACCCACGCCGCAAGUUCUCCGGAAGUGCCUGCCUCACACGCGCGCGCAGACGAGACAGACAGACAGCCACCCGUCACCCACCGAUCCCCCGCCCACGCCCACGCCACGCCCACGCCCGCAAGUUCUCCGGAAGUGCCUGCCUCACAGCGCGCAGACGAGACAGGACAGACGCCACGCAGUCACCCAGAUCCCCCACGCCCACGCCCACGCCCACGGCAAGUUCUCCGCCUGCCUCACACGCGCAGACGAGACCAGACAUCCACCGCCCACGCCCACGCCCACCCACGCCGCAAGUUCUCCCGGAAGUGCCUGCCUCACACGCCAGAACAGACAGCCACGCCGUCACCCACCGAUUCCCCCCACGCCCACGCCCACGCCCACGCCCACGCCACGCCCGCAAGUUCUCCCGGAAAGGCUGAUGACAUGACAAGACAAAGAGAUUCACAAGAGAAGAAGUGA